UCUCAAAAGAGAUGCAUGUUAUAGAUUGAUCCAGCUUAUCCUGUGCUCCCCCGUUUCUCCCUUUUACUCUUUUUGCUUAGAUGGGCUGUUAGCCUUGCACAUCCAGUAUGCCAGAAAUGGAUGAAUUAAUGGAAAUAUGUUUGAAAGCUCAGAGGAGGAGGAGUUCUUCGGAAGAAACGGCAGCAACAGGUCUGUAAGGAUGGUACGAUAAUGAUGGUAACAUGCAGGCUUCUCAAUGCCUGACCCCAUCAGAGGCGAGAUGAGGCACAUAGAUGUUGGUUUACCAUGAGCAGCGUCCACUUCAACCACUCCCUUGCUGCCAUGAGUGGAAACGACAUGAUGGCGCAUUCUCUGACUCUGGAGCAGAAGACAGCAUUUGCUUUUGUGGGGAUGCUACUGGUGUUCUUGGGGCUGCUGAUAGUAAGGUGUUUCAGGAUCCUGCUGGACCCCUACAGCAGCAUGCCCUCCUCCAACUGGGCUGAUGGCAUCGAAGGGCUGGAGAAAGGGACGUUUGAGUACGCCCUUACUUAACACAGGGACACACGUCCACACAUGUCCUCACAAACAGAAAUAUACAUACGUACAUGGAUAAACACAUGCAAAGACACCCAAGCCACAAUCCUGCACAACCACUGCACCUGAUACUAAGACAUCUCUUCGUGAUGCACCAAGCCGAGACACUGAAGCUGUUUAUGUUCAGUUUGUGCGCAUUGUUAGUUCAGAGUUUCUCUACUGUAUGUGACAACAUAUUUGUUGUGUGUGCGUGGUUGAGUGUGAGGCAGAUGCUGCGUCAUAUUCUCUGCCCUUCUGCCAGGAAGUGUGUAUUUCAGCUUAUCGACAGAAUUUGGCUGAAACUCCCUUUAACCCAUACCUCCAAGUUGAAUGUCAUUAGAUGAAAAGAGGUGGAUGUUUGUGAAACACAGGUGGACAUUAAUGUGCAGUGGGUCUAUUCAGACAUAGAAGACUCAGGGACAAGACUGGUUGGAAGAGGACAGAGUGGUUGCACCUCUGCACAGCAGAACCAUUCAGCAUAAGAAUGUAUAUGGGUGGACACAGGGUAUUAUAUCAAACUAGCGCUUUCUUGACUAAUCAAAUCCAGUUUGUUGGAGAUCCAAAGGAAUGCUGCCACUGCUGUUUGUGCAGAUUGGUUCUGUGUGUUUUUUUUUUUGUUUUGUUUGUUUUUAGUGGUAUCUUGUUUGCCUUGAGCAAUGGAACAAACUGCGAUUUACAUUAUGGUAUUACUGACUGUAAAUGAUGCAAAAUAAGCUCUCAGAGUUUGUACUGCUGCUGCUUUCGAGAGAUGAUCUAUACUGUGUGUUGCCACAAUUACAUGUUGGGUGAAAAAUGUUGCAAUGUGAGCUGUCAAAUGUUCCCCCUCACAAAGAAUCUGUCUCAAGGUUAGUUGAUGAAAACAACACAAAGGACUUUUAACUGUGGAUUAAAAACUCAAAACUACACUCAGCGCUGCUAGUUUCCUAAUGACUGGCAGAAACGCUCACUCCCUGUCUGCAAAGGAAAAGGUCACAAGGAAAACAGGGCUGGGAUGUGUGUCAGCACUACAUGUGAGCAUCUUUCCUCUCUGUCCUCAGCCAUCCUCAUCCUCUCUCCCCUCCUCUCUUCCUUCCAGACAGAGGAAGAUAUAACGUCCUAAACAGAGAUUCUAGCAGACAGCUCAGAGUCUAGACUGUUCCUUUGCUGAUUUUUACGGUCUACGGUUUCUCCUUAGUGCUGUGAAUCUGCCUUACUGUGACCUUCAAUGGGUUUAUGUGCCUUCAUCUAGAAACAUUAGAGCACCUGUUUGUGGGUGAGUGUGUGUGUAUGAGAACUUGUCAUAUCAUGAUGACAGACCUGUUGCUUGCUCCGUUGGUGGUAGAGUUUUAUCACUGAUUUAAUUAAUUUAAUGAUGUGAAAUAAAAUGGAUUUGUUCACUUUAAAAUAUUACUGUUCAAGUCUUUUGCUGUUUUGAAUCUCUCAAAUAUAAUCUAUGGCAAUGCAGAGCUCAGUUUUACCUGUUAUGUUACAGGGAAGCACAUGUUUCCAUUUGCACAGUUUAUUUUGCAACUGUGCCGUUAAAUUUGCCCUUGACGAAGAUAUCAGACCUAUAUUCCCCAAUGCCUAUAAACCCUGGCCACAGUGGUCCAACAUCCCUGCGGUAGCAGACAAGAAGGGAGUAAAACGAGUCUUAAGGCGGCACUGGAGAAUAAGAUGUCAUGUGAUUUUCUUUAAAUAGUGAUAUGACUUUAGAGGAGUAAAGAAAGUAAAUUGAUAAUAGUGUAGAAAUGUAUGUGCCAAUACAUAGAUGGGUAAGGGGCCAAUGUAGAAGCAGAAAAUAAUUCACACAGGCAUCCGUCUUGUGGUGAUAAGACUGGCCUUAAGCUUUAGA